AUGGCCGGCUUUUCGUUCAUCUAUUAUAUGACCCUCAGUGUGUUUUUUGUUCGCGGGCAGCCUGUCGUGAAUCAAACGGGAAUUGAGGACAACGAAUAUAUCGUCGAACUCAAACCAUGGGUUGCAGAGUCUGAUCCUGAUGCCGCCAUCUUAACUCUGAUCAACUUUGCGUUGUCCGAGGAUCCAAGGGUGGUCAUCUUCCAUAAUUACAGCAUCUUUGACUUCGUGGGCGUGGCCCUCAACACGACCCAGAGAGCCAUUUCGGCCAUCCGGGCACAUAGUUCAGUUCAAGACGUUUGGCCUAACCGUUAUGUAUUGAAUGAUGCCGCCUAUCUGGAGGUUAAAAAACAGCGCGUUGACAACAAUGCUGAGGGGGACAUUUGGGGCCUGGCCAGAAUAUCUCAGAGACAAAAACUGAAUCUGGCUGAAGAAAUGUUCUAUGAAUACGACAAUAUCGCAGGCAGUGAGGUUUACGCUUAUGUGAUCGACAGUGUAGUUGACGUUAGACACCCAGACUUUGAAGGGCGGGCCCAGUUUGGGUACAAUGCAGUUGAUGAAACUACGAACUUCCCCGUAAAUCUUUUACAAGACCCCAAGCAAACACACGGGACACACGUAGCAGGAACGAUUGGCGGUAAAACGCAUGGCGUGGCUAAAAAAGCAACCAUAGUGUCUGUUAAAGCCGACACAAAAGUAGGGAAUAGUGGGAGAGGAGAACAUGAAUUUCGUUUCCAGUCCGACGACCUUAUUGAAGCAUUGGAAUGGAUAGAAGAGGAUCAUAGUCAGAGAAAAGCAAAGGACAGCAAAGCUAAAUCAGUCAUCAACAUGUCUCUCGGGGGAUUUGCCAAUGGUAGUAAGCCAACCGUUGUAGAAAAGACUAUAAUAAAACUUAUUAAAAAGGCGGGGAUUCCAAUUGUUGUUUCAGCGGGUAAUGCCGCUUACCAUGCUUGCAAUCAAACCCCCGCUCGUGUUGCUGACGCCAUAACUGUCGGAUGCUCGGACUAUGACGAUCGACUGUGUACAUUUUCCAAUCACGGCAACUGUGUUGAUAUCAUAGCACCAGGUUACCAGACUCUGUCUACGCUGCCUAACAACGGAGCUGGGAAAAAAAGCGGUACGUCUAUGAGCGCCCCACACGUCAGCGGCGUCGUCGCGCGCUUCCUAGCGCUUCAUGACACGCCCCCGACUCCAGAAAAGAUCAAACAAUGGCUCAUUGAGAAAUCGACCAAGGAUGCCGUCACACUCCGUCCUACGGCCGUCGGUACUCCAAAUCGUCUGCUCUUCAUGUCGCCGAAUCAGAUGUUAAUCAACGGGCAUUCCACCUCGGCUUCGAGUCAGAUCAAAGGGAUUUCUGCCUUUACCCUUUUUCUGAUCAUUGCUGGCUCGGCCUCCUUUGUAUUUGAUUUCGCUGUUUCAAAAGAAGCAGAUUACUAG